CAGUUUAUAAAUUAAAGUGGGUGGUUUUGGGACAUUUAUCCAGUUUGCUGUUGGAGGAAUCUGGUGCUAGCUCUAAGUUCCCGUGCGCAGGUCACUAAACAAUGCGUCCCUCCACGCUUCGCCUCGAAGGACUGGCACUAGCCUUAAUCGUGCUGGGUUCUCUAACGCGUGAGACCGCUGGCCGUAAGAAAAAGUUCGACGUCCGCCGCGAUGAUACGGGAACUUGCAAGUAUGAAGGCUACAAACCUGGUGGAGGCAUUCCAAACAUUAAACCAAUCCAGUCGCCCGUAUGCCAAGGUUUUACCAACUCCCUGGGGUUUGUUUCCGGUAUAAUUGGCCAGUCUACGGGCGCGGGAAGGGCUCUGUCUACAGUUGCCACGCUUGUCGAGAAGACCGCCAAAGUCGCCAAGGUCCUGAGUGCCGGUUUUGGAGUAUUUGCUGCAGCUUUCAGUAUCAUCUCUACCUUUUCGAGACCGACACCUAACGACAUCUUAAAAAGGGUUGACAAGGCUUUCGAGAAGCUUACAGACGACAUGAACAAUCGGCUGAAAAAGAUGGAGGGAUACGUGGACGGAAAAAUUAUCCAGCUGGAACAACGACAUGUCAAUAACGAGUUUGCUGCUCUGAAGAGGUUUCUUAAAAACUGCAUGCACGAGACCACUGAGUCCGCAGUACGAAGGUGCCAGAGGAACUCCGUUAUGGAUAUUGACGCGGCGUGGCCUAAAUUUCAAAGGUUGAAAAGCCAGUUCAGCAUAAACUCAAAGAAGAUCUCAAUGAAUGAUAUCAAAAGGCUGGAGGCCGCAUUGAUUCCGUUCAGAGACUUCGCAAGUCUGCAUCUCUUUGUUCUCCAAUUGCUGAUCAACUCGUACAAAAAAGAUCAUGAUACCAGGGAGAAAAAUGACCGUCUAAAGCUUUACAUGAACACGCUGAAUGACCGAGGAAUGCUCUACAGCAAGUACGCGAGAUGGGCUUACGAACGGAUCUACUAUGAGCAGGUUGGCAAGCAUUACUAUCGCAGUCGGCCGAAAAACGAGUACAUCAUGGAUAAGAAUGUCUAUAGGCUGUAUGAGGGGGCUUUUUGGUUAAAUAAAGGAGCGAACACUGAGAACCAGAUCUCGGUCAAACCCAACUGCGCUAAAGGAGACGAACACGCGCCCAUCAACACGUGCAAGUACAAGUUCCACAUGCGAGUGGACGGGAAGGUUUUGGGACGCUAUCCCGAUCGCUGGGCCCCUGCUAGUGAUGGCGAUAGCGCCUUGAGAUAUUUCGCCAGGGAGGAUGCUCAAUACACGUGUAGAAAAUACUUGGGCAGCCUCGAGAAGGACUUGAAGACUUACUGGAAGACAGAGCUUAUUAGUGUUGCUGAUAUAUGGGAAAAGAUGGCGGAAAAGGCCAAGAACGAGAUUAGCAAGGUUGACAAGGGUGCAUUUAAGAUCGCAGGUAGUGGCUCCAGCGUUGAGGGAGUCCUUAGUGGUCACCUAGGAGGCAAACCUUUAUCAUGCGAGGUCACGUGUAACUUAACGACUAAAGUUCAGAAUGACGCUGUCUUGUUAGACACGAAACAACAUCCAAAAGAUGUUUCUGAAGACAAAGAGGAAAAGAACGAUGAGGAUCAACCGGAAACUGAAGAAAGCGAGCAACCGGAUGCUGAUGAGGAUAAACCGGAAAUGGAUGAGGUGUACAAACCGCAAGAUGAGAUAAGCCAAUUGAUGACGUCACCGAAACUUGACGAGUCUGCUAUCAUCGGCAAGCCCCUAUCAUGCGAUGUUGUGUGUAACCAUUGAUCUUAGCAAAAUCCUGGCGAUUAGUAACUGAGUUUUAGUUUUGUAGGCAACAUUAUAGAAUGUUUAUAUUUAAAAGUAAUGUUUGGAUUGGUAAUCCCCUGUCAUGCGAUGUUUUGUGUAACCAUUGAUCUUAGCAAAAUCUUGGCGAUUUUAGUAACUGAGUUUUAGUUUUGUAGCCAACAUUAUAGAAUGUUUUAAUUUAAAAGUAAUGUUUGGAUUGGUAAUCCCCUGUCAUGCGAUGUUUUGUGUAACCAUUGAUCUUAGCAAAAUCUUGGCGGUUUUAGUAACUGAGUUUUAGUUUUGUAGCCAACAUUAUAGAAUGUUUUAAUUUAAAAGUAAUGUUUGGAUUGGUAAUCCCCUGUCAUGCGAUGUUUUGUGUAACCAUUGAUCUUAGCAAAAUCUUGGCGGUUUUAGUAACUGAGUUUUAGUUUUUUGUAGCCAACAUUAUAGAAUGUUUAUAUUUAAAUUAGUAACGUUUGGAUUGGUUAUCCACUGAAAUGAAAUGUUGCGUGUAAACAUUGGCAAAAUCUUGACGAUUUAGUAACUGAGUGUUAGUUUUGUAGCCAACAUUACAGUAUGUUUAUAUUUAAAUUAGUAACGUUUGGAUUGGUUAUCCCCUGAAAUGAAAUGUUGCGUGUAAACAUUGGCAAAAUCCUGACGAUUUAGUAACUGAGUGUUAGUUUUGUAGCCAACUUUAUAGAAUGAAAGUAAUCUUUGGUAACCCCCUUGGCAUAAAA